AUGAACGAGGAAGAAGAAUACAAUCACCUGGCCGAUCUCACCACCGAGAACGAUGACCUGCGCAGCAAGCUGUAUGCCCUCAGGGCCGAGCUGGCAAAGGCCGAGAAUGCAGAGCGCGAGGCCAACUACGAGCUCGACAAGAGCAGGCAGGCAUUGAAGGAGGAGAAGGACAAUCUGCGCGCGCUGCAGGCCCAGAUUGCCCGCCUCGAAAAAGAAAACGACCACGAGCGCGCUGCCACCAAGGACGCCGAGGGACGCGUCGAGGUCCUCUAUACCGAUCUCGACCAGUCGCGCUUCGCCCACCGCUCGGCCCUCGCCGACCGCGACGAGGCCCUCGCCGACAAGAGGGACGCAGAGCUCCAGCUCGACGACCUGAGGCAGCAAUGGCAGGAGUGCGAGGACAAGAUUGCCGAACUCGAGGCAGAGCUCGACGAGGCGCAAAAGGCCGCCGACCAGGUGCUCGACUUGGAACGCGACAUUGCCAGGCUGCGCGAGGAAAUGGCCGACCUCGACCGCUCCAUCAUCGUCAAGGACGAGCGCAUCAGUCAUCUCGAGCUGCAUCUGCAGAAGGAGCGCCAGCGGAGCUACCACGCCGCCGACGCCAUUGCCCGCGAAAAGGCGGCCUCGCCCGUCGACGAGGACCAGCAUGUGGGCGCCGUUGCCUUUGAGUCGCUCGAGGCAGAGCUGUCCAUGAUCGAGGACAACGAGUCGUACUACGAAGUCGAGCCCAACGACUUCUCCCACAUCACCGAAACCCUUCUUACCUGGUCGCCCAUUGCCCCCGCCGCCCAACCGCCCUCGACCCUACACACACUACAAGCCGUCAGCGUCUCGCCCGUUGCCCCUCAUGUUCCCCGACUCACACUGGAUGUGCGCGAAGCUGCCCAUCUGGAGCCCCGCGAGCCUGCCCCGGUUGCUCUCUCCACGAGCCUCAAUGAGGGUGCCAGCACAGCGCCCGUUGCCGUCGUGGUACCUACACAUACCCUCACUAUGCGCGAGACGGCAAGCACUGAGCCCAUUGAGCCCAGCCGCUCCCUGUCGAGCAUUCACCAACACCAGGCUGCCAGCACAGCGCCAAUUGAACCCGCUCGCACUCCUCGGUCCAGCAUCCAUGCGCACGAGGCUGCCAGCACAGCGCCCAAAGCCCCCUCGCCCACACUCCAGACGACCUUUGAGGUUGAGAUUGCCGACAUUGCACCAAGAGAACCGGGUCUUCCUGCGUUGACAGUGAGCGUAAGAGAAGCAGCCAGCACGACUCCCAUUGUUCGCCGUAUCUCGACUACAGAUCUAUCUACGCAGACCGACUUCGCCUCGCUCACCAGCCAGCUCAUCGACCACGCUACUGUCAGCAUAGCUCCGACUACCCCCAUUGAGGUUGCGACCGCCGAAUUCUCCACCCAGACCGAAGCCCCUGUGCUUGCAAGUCAGCUAGUCACGUACGCGACUGUCAGCACAACCCCGGUUGCACCCACCGAAACCAUCACCACGGAGCACUCUGUGCAGACGGAUGCCAAUUCGGUCCCAUCCGAAAUUUCCGCCACAUGCGGAAUUGCCAUUACUCCGAUUGAGCCCAAACACGGCUUCCGCAGAGUGACGACCAAGGGCACCCAAACGGUGCCCGAGAGCCCAACGAGCAUCCGAGUCGGGUCCGUCCUAGUGACGCACCAAAUGGAGCCCGUGGAGCAGGUCCUUCCGAAGGCGGAGCCCAAGCGCCCGACGGCCAGCACAGGAGUCCAAACCAUUGUCGAGACACCCGUUGUCAAAGAAGAAGCAAAGCCAAAGCCAGCCCCUCAGCCCGCGCCCGUCCCGCGGGCCUCGAAGAGCAAGUCGGGCAUCACAGACCUGAUGGUCCGGCUAAGUGCGGUGCUCAUGGCCUUUACGUGCUUCCACCUCUACACGCAGCUGCAGGCGUGGAAGAAGGCCAAUGGCAUUGGCAUGGGCGGCGGAUACGGCAACAUGGCGAGCCGCAGUGGAGCAUACGGCAACGGACGUUAUCUCUUCGGCAUCUUCCCCAUGGGCAUGAAUGUCGGCGACUCGUGGCUGACGGAGCAGAUUGCCCGCCACGCGUCUUCUGCCGUGGCGCGGUUUGAAGACUGGGCCGGCAUUGCCUAUGAACCUCUUUACUGAGCAUGCAUGCACUAUAUGUAUGCAUUUGCAUGUGCACACGAUUAUUCCACAGGACCCCACGGACCGACUCUCUCACUCACACACACACACUUUUAAUUACUUUGGAAAUUGGUUCGGUUUGCACCCACCACCAGCACCAUUACUUACCCCUUUCUUCUGGCCUCUUAUUUUUUUUAUGUCUCUUCUCCUCACACGCAUACACAUUUACACUUUUUUUUUUCUUCUAACGACGGCACGAACAAGCAUUUGCGGGGGGAGCUGGGAUGCCCCAAGAAGAGAAAAAGAAUUAGUUGAAUCUUUCAGCCCCGCUACCUUUAUUAACGCCCCUGUUUUUGAUGAGACACGAAUAGCGUCUUUGUUUUUGUUUUUUUUUCUCAUCUCGUUACUGUUCGUUAUAGACUGGCGUUUCCC